AUGGCCUCUGAGAAGGACGAGGCUGAACGGGGACAAUUUGCGACAGACAAAUAUGGACACUCCCUCGUGCAUUUCGACCCAAAGGUUGAGUCCAAGCUGAGACUCAAGAUCGACUUCAUGAUCGUGCCUACUGUGUCUAUAUUAUAUCUGUUCUGUUUCAUCGAUCGUGCCAAUAUUGGCAAUGCGCGGCUGGCGGGACUCGAGAAAGACCUCGGACUAGUAAAGAACGAUUACAACGCGCUCUUAUCUAUAUUCUACAUCAGCUACAUUCUCUGCGAGAUCCCCUCAAACAUCGUAUGCAAAUGGAUCGGGCCGGGCUGGUAUCUGCCGUCGAUGGCGCUCGGCUUCGGCAUCUCGUCGCUGGGCACCGCCUUUGUGAAGAACCAGGCGCAGGCAUCCGGCGUGCGGUUCGUCCUUGGGGUUUUCGAGGCUGGCAUGAUGCCGGGUAUUGCGUACUAUCUAUCAAGAUGGUAUCGUCGCAGCGAGCUGGCUUUUCGCCUCUCGCUGUACAUCGUGAUGGCACCGCUAGCUGGCGCCUUUGGUGGCUUGCUGGCCUCGGCUAUCUUGAGACUGCCUCACUUUGGCGGCCUGCACACGUGGAGGAUGAUAUUCGCAAUCGAGGGGAUUAUCACUAUAGGCUUGUCUCUCAUCUCGUUUUUCACCCUCACGGACCGACCCGAAACAGCACGCUGGCUCAACCAGGAGGAAAAAGACCUCGCCAUCGCCCGCGUCAAGUCCGAGCGCGUCGGCCAGACCCGUGUCCUCGACUCGAUGGACAAGAAGAAGCUCCUGCGGGGCAUCCUCAACCCCAUCACCCUCUCGACCGCCUUCGUCUUCCUGCUCAACAACGUGACGGUCCAGGGCCUGGCCUUCUUUGCGCCCACCAUCGUCAAGACCAUCUACCCGCACGCCUCGACCGUCACGCAGCAGCUCUACACGGUGCCGCCUUAUGUCGUGGGCGCCUUCUUCACCGUUCUGGUUCCUCUUCUCAGCUGGAGAUUCGACAGGCGGCAGGUAUUUAUGAUUUGUUCUGGGCCGCUCGUGAUGGCCGGGUACAUCAUGUUCCUGGCCAGCGAGAACCUGCAUGUUCGUUACGGCGCGACGUUCCUGAUCACGUCGGGCGCCUUCAUGCUCGGUGCCCUUACGAAUGCCCAGGUCAGCGCCAACGUUGUCAGUGACACGGCAAGGAGCAGUGCGAUUGGCACCAACGUGAUGGUGGGUAACAUCGGAGGACUGAUUUCGACCUGGAGCUUCCUGAGCUGGGACGGGCCCGACUACCAUAUUGGCAACGGCCUGAACCUCGCCACGUCCUCUUCUGUUCUGAUUAUUACCACUUUGACCCUCAUCUGGAUGAAGAGGGACAACAAGAAGCGGGAUAAUAGGAGUAUUGAAGAAGAGCUGGCUGGUCUUUCGCCGGAAGAGGCUUCGGAUCUGGACUGGAAGCAUCCUGCUUUUAGGUGGCGGCCAUAAGGUCUAGUAUGAGGCCUCGUCAGGGAUUCCAGAGAGGUUUCCUACUGAGAAACGAUCAACGAUUGUAUUACUCCUACUCGAUUCAUACGUGUAGACUUUUGUGUCAGGAGUUUUGGUGGAUAAAGCCAGAUUAUUACCUCGAGGUCACUUUGAAUGAUAAUGCAGAAUUAUG